GAAGCAGCCAGAGGACGCCACACAUUGAUAUCAGAUAUCACCAUAGUAACGGACACAUAAAUAGCAGAAUCUGCGUCAGAUCUUUUAAACAGCGAUAUAGGCUCUACGUUGUACUGAAAUGACGUGAAAAAAGUAGUUCUAUAAUACGACGUUUGACUUGAAAUUGAUGGAUAUUUAUUUUCCUGAACGAUUCCGGUAUUACGAUACGCUUUCCAGCCGCGUACCUAAGAGCUUUUUCUUACACCUUCUUCUUCGUUCUGUAUGUUUCAUUUGAGCUAAUAACGCUAAAAUCCUAACCGCUAUGAUCGCUUUUGUUGAAGAGGUUUCUUCUUCACUCGUGCGGGAGUUUCUGAGCCGGAAGGGCCUGAAGAAGACUAUUGCCUGCAUGGAUGAAGAGCAUCCACGAACAGCGACCAGCAUCAAUAACAGAUCACUGUUGAGACAAGUGCUCAACAUCGAAGAUCUGUACAGAAGAAAUAAGGUUCAAAAUCCUCCUCUGAAGACAGUACUGGAGAUUAUAGUGAAACAUCACAUGGAGCAGCAGAAAAAAGUCAAGAUCAUGACAGGAGACGGUGAAACUGCCCGGACCGUUACCCCACCUGCUUUUACUGCAGGAUCACCUUUGAUAUGUGACACAGAAGAAAACAGCAGCAGGUCUGAGAUAAAAGCAACACACUCCUCUCCGUCUACAUUUCUAUCACUGCUGUCAGAUGAAAACAAAUCAUCCGGGCAUGAUCAAAAAGAUGUCUCGGCUUAUGAUUCAGAACGUCAGAAAUGCCAGCCACUGACUUCCCUGCAACAAGAAUGGGAGAGCUCUGCCCAGAAGGAGCCAGAGAAAAAAAGUGAAGCCAUCUCAAGGAGCAGAACUAACCGCAACAGACGAGGCAUGAUGUCUGGACCAAUACCACGGGAAAUGGGCAGGAAAAAACCAAGUCCAAGGUACGAUGCGGCCCAACCGCUUUUCAGAAGGGAUGGAGAAAACCAGCAUUCUGAUGAUGCACACUUGGAUAUCAACACACACAGCUGUGCAGGGCGGAAACCUGGGCUGCAAAGGUCUCCAGAAAGCCUGCAGAGUGAAAACAACAACAGAGGAAACAAAGCAAAAGCAGUGAACAAAAACCACAUGCCAAACAAUUCUGAUCUGAAUGUGUCCGACUUGGUUUUAGAUGAUGUAGACGACGAGGAUCUGCAGGAAAUCUCCCAAGUAUCUGUGCAGAGGUCCGUGUCGGAGUGUCUCCCUAAAAGCCGCCCGAUUGACCAGAGCAUAGCCAUGGAUUUAAAAGCAGUUCUUCUGGGCUCCAGCUUGAAUUGUUUCAGCGCAGAGUGGAGAAAUCAGGGUCUGACCUUCUCAGACACGCAUGACCUCAGAUACGGGAUCGUGCAGAGAAAGGGUGGUCCUUGUGGAGUCCUAGCAUCUAUUCAAGCCUUCAUCUUAAAGAAACUUCUUUUUGAGAACACUGAGAGCAGUGAUUCUGACCUGCAGCGGUUAAGACCUUCCAACGCGACCAGGAGAAAGUGUCUUGUUUUAGCUUUGGCAGAAGUUCUGUGGAAGGCUGGUGAGGAGGAACGAGCGACAGUCGCCGUAAAUACGGGGCUGAAUCAUUUCACACCAAGUGGGCGCUACAGGUCUGAAGGAGUACUUGAAAAGAUGGUGCUCUUCACUGUGGACAACCUCAGGGAUCUGCAGAUUCUUGUGGAGCAGCACAUCGAGCAGUUUGAAACUGGAACGCUGGGAUGUAUCUUGCUGACCAUAUCGGCUGUUCUGUCCCGAUCCAUUGAAAAAGUCAAAGAGGACAUGGACGUGUCCAGCUCCACGCUCAUCGGUGCUCAUGGCUACUGCACUCAGGAGCUGGUCAGCCUGCUGCUCUGCGGCAGAGCCGUGUCCAACGUUUUCGAUGACGACAUGGAGCUGGACUCAGGCGGCGGCGACACCACGCUCCUCAAAGGAAUCAAGAGCCGCUGUGAUGUGGGCCUGCUGUCUCUCUUUGAACAUUAUAACAUCUGUAAGGUGGGAGCUCACCUGAAGACCCCUUCUUACCCCAUCUGGGUGGUGUGCAGUGAAAGUCACUUCAGCGUGCUGUUUGGCCUGCAGAGGGAGCUGCUGACCUCCAAGGACCAACACCUGGAGUUUGAUCUCUACUAUUAUGAUGGACUGGCCAAUCAGCAGGAGGAGAUCCGCCUCACCGUCACGGUUGGUAAGUGGCGCCGCAGCUUUCAAGAAGUAGACAGUGACUCCAUUCCUCCUCUGGAGCUUUGUAUUCGCACGAGGUGGAAAGAUGUGGAAAUCAACUGGAAUGACACUGAACCGAUUCUCUAAGGGAUUUUAGGUCUUCCAACUAAUGAAAAGCAUUCAUUAUAACCAAAAAGAAUAUUUUAUAUACAUGUAUCUAAAAUACUGUUAUGAUUUAAGUGUUUUACGUUAUUUUCUUUACACAUUUGUCAGCUGAGAUAUCAUUUUUAGGAAGAAACUUUUCACCACUGUGGCCUUUUGUCUGCGCUGGCUUUUGGGCCCACAAAAUGAUUUUUGUACUUUCUUUGCUGUUCAUGACACCUUUUGGUUGGUCCAGAGGAAGAGCGGUCGACAUCUGAGUGGAAGAUUGUGUCCUUGGGCAAACACUGAACCCCACGUUGCUCCUGGUGGGUUUAUGUUGGCGCCAGUGUUUGGCAUCAGUGUGAGAAAGUGUGUGUGCACGGGUGAAUGGGACUGCAACUGUAAAGCGCUUUGAGCCUUCAAAGAAGAUAGUGAAGUGCUAUAUAAGUUCAUGCCAUUUACCGUUAAUGAAAUAAGAAUAAAAAGUAAAAUCAUAAA